AUGAAGCUUCUAGCUGGAGCCACACUGGCCUCGGUGGCCGCCGCGGCCUCUUCAUCAGCCCCUGCAUCUGCACCCACAGGUGCUACCUACGCGUCGGGCUUCGACAUGACCCGAAGCUGGGCUAACCUCAGCCCAUACAAAGACGCCGAUACCUUUGGAUUGCCCAAGGGCAUGCCGCAAGGAUGCGAGCUUUCCCAAGUGCACGUCUUGCAUCGCCAUGCUGAGCGAUACCCGACUAAUUAUCCCUUGGAUGGCGAGGGUAUGCAGGAUUUUGCGGCUAAGUUGACCAAUUACUCCAAGGCGCAUUCGGGGAAGGCUGUCGCGAGCGGUCCGCUGAAGUUCCUCAACAACUGGAAGUACGUUAUUGGCGAGGAUAUCCUCAUGGAGACUGGUGCAGCUACUGAAGCUACCUCGGGUGCCCAUUUCUGGAUCAAAUACGGCCGUCUGUUGUACCGCGAUAAUGUAGCUGCCUGGAAUUCGUCUCUUAACGUUUAUCCUAACGGUACCGCACGCCCUAAGCCGGUUUUCCGGACUACAUCUCAGUCUCGGAUCUUGGAGAGUGCUCGGUGGUGGCUUAGCGGUUUCUUUGGCAACAGCGGUGCUAACAGCUCCUAUGAGCAAUAUGACUUGGUUAUCAUCCCCGAAGUCUACCCGUUCAACAAUACCUUGGCUUCGUAUGAAUCAUGCCCUGGUGACAUGACCGAGGGCGACAACGAUGCCGAGGUCUUCAUCUCUCGCUACACCAAGGCUGCCCACGCCCGACUCGCUUCUUACCUCCCUAAGGAUUUUAAUCUGACUGCCAUGGACGUACUGGCCAUGCAGAACCUCUGUGCCUAUGAAGUUACCAGCCUCGGCGGGUCAUCCUUCUGCUCCCUCUUCACCGAGCAGGAGUGGAAGGACUUUGCCUACAACGUCGACGUCCAGUACUACGGCGACUAUGCCUACGGCUCCCCCACCGGUAGAGCUCAGGGUAUCGGUUAUGUCUUGGAACUUGCCGCUCGUCUCCAGCAGAAGCUCAUCACCUCUAGCGAUACCAGCAUCAACUAUACCUACGAUGACAACACGGCUCAAUUCCCCUUUGGCCAACCGUUCUACGUGGAUAUGUCUCACGACGAUAUUAUCUUAUCAGUUAUCUCAGCCCUCGGCCUCGAGCAUUUCAAGUACGGACCCAACGGCCUACCCGGCGAUGUGGACCACGCACCUUCUAAUCGUACCUUCUCACUCUCUGAGAUGACCCCUUUCGGCGCUCGGUUCUUCUCUGAAAUCUGGACUUGCCCCCGAGAUACCUCUUUCGACGAGCUGGAUCCCAUUCUCUACGAAAACCCUAGUCUCGGGUCUGCUACCCAUACUACGGACUACAUCCGCUUUUUGCUGAACAAUGCCCCACUGCCUUUGGAUGGCCUCGUUGGUUGCGAAAAGGCUAAGAAUGGCUUCUGCCCUGUUGAGAGAUUCUUGAAGGCUGUGCCGACUCUGAAGAAGAAGGCCAUGUACCAAGAGGCCUGCUUCGGAAAUUAUACUACCGGGAGCCAGGUUGGUGAUGGUGCCCCUGGAUCAUAG